GAGCACAGCAGAGAAUGCUCUUCUCCAUCUUCCUAGCGCUCUUCCUACCCUGCGUAGGCAUGAGCGCUGUGUUCGUGGUCUACAUCUGUCUCUUAUGGUUCGCCUCCAAUUCCCGGUCGGCGGUAGCCCCUCAGUUACCGGUCAAGCACGUUUCCGAGAAGGGCUUAUCGGCAUCUGAUCUCGAAAAGCUGCCGAAAACUAGCGGGAAAGAGCUGAUCCGGGGGACGGAGUGCGCGGUGUGUCUGGACGAGAUCGAGCCUGAGCAACCGGCCAGGGUGGUUCCCGGUUGUAACCACGGCUUCCAUCUCCAAUGCGCCGAUACCUGGCUUUCUAAGAACUCGUGCUGUCCGGUUUGUCGAGCCAAACUCCAACCUCAGCAGAUUUAUGCUUCUUCUGAUGACAAUCCAUGUUAGUUCAGAUCGAGAAAAAGGAAAACAAAGUAUAUAUUUGUAUCAGUGAUGAUCAUAUGUGGAACUGUGCUAUGUAGGGUUUUGAUCAUCUCGGUUAAUUUCAUUAUUUGAUUUAUUAAAAUCAUCGAAUCGUUUUCCACUGUAUAUUAGUAUCAAUCUAUUGGUACUGCAUGCAUGAUUUGAUGAAAUUUCAAUAUCUCGAUCAGUCCAAAUUCCAGAUUUUUCUCAGUUCAAAAUAAGAGUUAUUUUUAAGGUCCGGUGCAAUUGAAGCUGCAUGCAGCCAUAUGUAGUAUUUUGUGACAGACUGCGCAAGUACCAAAGCUGCCCCAAUCAGUUAGCAGGGGCAAGUGUGUUAAAAUGACCGUUUAGUCCCCGGCGUGCAUGGGUUGGU